UGUUCUCGCUUUUUGAUAUUGCACUGUCGUUCUUGUAGCUUCAGCUUGUUCUUGUUGUGGGUUGUAGCGCGCGUGCGCGCGUGAAAUGAACUGAUAGUGUGAAUGAGAUAAUUUUGUCACGUGAAACUAUUUUCCAUUAACUUAGUGAAUUUAGUGUUGGAUAACUACUGAGCCGUUAAACUAAUGUUGUUAUAACACUAGAAUUUUAUUACCAAGAAGAAUGCUAAUGUCAAAAACAUCGCCUAUAAAAGGCGGCUCUCAUUUGAUAGGUUAUGAGUAGUAGCUCGAAUCGCUGUAUGCAGAUCUAUUCAAACUUGACUCUUUCUUUUGAAACUCAAAUCAAUCUCAGGAUAGUUAUGAGAGAAUGGUACACUCCAAGAAUUCCAAUACAAGCCUGCUUGAUGGUGUUAUCGAUUUUACCAGUGGAUCUCUCGGUGCAGUGGCAUUGGUGUAUGUCGGCCAACCCCUGGAUACAGUGAAGGUGAAGAUGCAAACGUUUCCUGAGCUGUACCGCGGCAUGUGGCAUUGCAUGCGCAAAACACUGAGCACAGAGGGUGUGAGGCGAGGCCUGUAUGCGGGCACUGUGCCUGCUUUGGCUGCCAACGUCGCCGAGAACUCUGUACUGUUUGCUGCUUAUGGGGCCUGUCAAAAGGUCAUUGCAUUUGCUACUGACACUAAGGAUGUUCAAGAUUUGGGAGUGUUGUCGAAUGCAUCAGCAGGGUUUCUGGCUGCUUUCUUCUCUUCUUUCUCGCUUUGUCCCACUGAGCUAAUCAAAAUCAAAAUGCAGGCAGCUAAAGAGCAUGCUGCGCAGACUAAGACCGCUGUAGAGAGAGAAAGCGCUUUCAAAAUAACGCACAAAAUCUUGAAAACUGAAGGCAUUAUGGGAGUAUUCAGAGGUAUAGUGCCGACAAUGGCCCGCGAAAUGCCUGGGUAUUUCUUUUUCUUCGGUGGAUAUGAAGCUACAAGAAUCAUGUUAACACCAGAGGGAAAGACGAAGGAUGAAUGUGGAGCCCUGCGGACAAUGGCGGCUGGAGCGGUGGGUGGCGUCAGUUUCUGGACGGCGGUGUUUCCAUUUGACGUGGUCAAGUCGCGCAUCCAAGUCGGCCAAAUGUCUGACGGCUCCAUGUUCACCAACAUGCUAACCAUGUUCAGAAACGAAG